AUGGAGGCGCAGGCAGAGCCUGGAGGAUCCCAGGACAUCUGGGCCACCAUAGCCACACGGCGGACCCUCUGGCCCGCAUCUUCGCGCGGGCGCCGUUCUGCAGCGCACCUCGCACCUUCCCGCGUCCAGUUUUCACAGCUCAGGACAAGCCUCCAAGGGUGUGGUUUGGAGGGUGUCUCAGCAGCCACUCCAGUCAGGCUGAAUGCGCAGGUCUUAUUCCUGGAUGCUCGAGCCCCUGAGGUGUUGGAAGAUCUGGUGAUGAUGAAAGCUGAGGCAGAAAGCCAGCUCCAAGAGCAGGAAUCCAGACUGAAGCGCAACAAUCCCCUAGCACGGGAAAUCUUCCGAAGGCACUUCCGGCAGCUCUGCUACCAGGAGACCCCGGGACCCAGAGAGGCUCUUACUCAACUUCGGGAACUUUGCUACCAGUGGCUGCGGCCACAUGUGAGCACAAAGGAGCAGAUCCUAGAGCUGCUGGUGCUUGAGCAGUUCCUGGUCAUCCUGCCCAAGGAGCUGCAGAGCUGGGUGCGGGAGCACUAUCCAGAGAGUGGGGAAGAGGCUGUGGUUCUGCUGGAGGAGCUGGAGAAAGAGCUUGAUGAGCCACAACAUGAGGUAGGAGGCUUGGUAGGCCUUCAGUGCCCGCCUGCAGAGCCCCAGUGCACAUAUGACCCAGCCCGGGAGUCCCAUCCUAGUGGAGGAACAGAUGAAAUGACUGAGAUUAAAGACAGAGAGUUGGUGCUAGGGAAAGACUGUCUACAGGGAGUGGAAUCAAGUGGGAAAACGUCUCAUCAUCUGCCCUGGGCAAUGUCACAGCAGAACCCCAGACAUGGAGAAGUUGGUGAGCGUAAGGAUGGAGUGGAGAGGCAGUGGGGAAGCCACUUGGCAGGUGGGCAGCAUCAAUGUGGGGAAUGUGGAAAGAGCUUUGCUCAGAGCUCAGGGCUCACUCGACACCAGAGAACUCACACUGGAGAAAGACCCUACGAGUGUAAUGAGUGUGGGAAAACCUUCAGUCGCAGUUCUGGGCUCUUUAAUCACCGAGGAAUCCACAAUAUACAGAAGCGGUACCACUGUAAAGAGUGUGGAAAGGCCUUCAGUCAGAGCGCAGGUCUGAUCCAGCAUCAAAGAAUCCACAAGGGAGAGAAGCCCUAUCAGUGCAGCCAGUGUGAUAAAAGGUACAGUCGCCGUUCAUUUCUCAUUGAGCAUCAGAGAAGUCACACGGGGGAGCGACCUCACCAGUGCCUGGAAUGUGGGAAAAGCUUUAAUCGCCACUGCAACCUCAUCCGACAUCAGAAGAUCCACUUGGUGGCAGUGCUGAGCCAGAAUUUGCUGUGAAUGCUUUCGCCAAAUCUCUGACUAGGUUCUAAGGGCGUAGGAUAGGACCAGAAAAUGCCUCUUUCUUCCCAUCUCUACUAAGCACAUUUGCAGCUGAUAACUGACUUAUGGCCCAGCAGCUUCCAACAAGGGAAUUCUGUGUUUUUGAAGCUGCUGCUUUUCCUUUUGUUGGCCACUUUCCUGUUCUCAUGACCUCUGUCCUUAUCUCAGCUAUGAAAUAACUGACACUGAUAAAGUCGACAUCCUUGGAAAAUCUGAUCUGUGUGUUGAAUUUCUAAAGACAACUUAGGGUUCUGUUGGUGUUUUAUAAUAAAUUGGUCUUUGGUGUUCCCAUGACCCCUGCCUAUGUUGUGGACACCUUUGGCUCCUACUGCUUCUCUCAGAUCCCAGCAGACCCUGCCUUGCAGGAGUGGCCAGUGCCACUGCAUAC